AUGGCGAAUCGACUCUCCCACUCCCUCAACGAGAUCGAGUCUCACACUCCCGCGAUUAAGUCGCAAGGUACUGAGAACGACGUUGUCUCUAAGAAUGGCGAGCAGAUCGAAGAGGGUGAUCAUGUAUACACAAAAAUAAGAGGCGGAAGGCACGAGGGGGAUGUAAACAAGAUCGUAACCGACCAAGAGGAAGCCGAUGCAGAAGGUGUAAAGCAUCCACCAAAGGUGCUAUUUACAGACCAGAAGGGGAAGGAUGUAGCGCAUAAUCCAGGUACACUUGAUGUCACGGAUAAAGCCUGA